GCCAGAUCGUCAGAGCGUUGCCUAUUAUUCUGGGCAUCGCGUGACAAAGACGCGACCAUGCUCCGAGGCUCUGAACCUCAUGAGGCAGACACCGCUUUCUGCCGCCUUCAGGUACAUUCUAUUCUUUCCAUGCUUAUAUUAAAUCACGGUGCUUUGGUCUGUUUGCCAGUUUCAACCUGUAAUAUGGCAAACACAUGCAAGUCUCGCCGCUGAAAUCUUACACAAUCACAACUGCGCCUUCGGGGAUUUCCCAACAUCCAGGCCAGACACAAACUCGCCAGCCUGUACGAGAACAGCCUCAAUAGGUUGUAAGUGGUCAGAUAUUGACUCGCAUCAGCUCGUCCAAAGUGCACAGCCCUUUUCCGUGCGCAUCCGAGCCGGACAGCCAACCAUCCAGUCACAGCCUUCUUCGGCGCUCACUCUAAACAUUCGACCCCUCGACUUAUCCACAUAUCGUAAUUGUGGCCCCUUGCUUCAUUGUUGUUGUCGUAAGUACAUCUCGGUUCAUAAAUUCCUAUAUCCUUUAGGUCAGCCCCGACUUACUGUUCCUGACCGAUUUUGCUCCCCUUCCUAUCCCACCCACACUAGGCAGAGCACGUCGACACAUCUGAAGCAAUGGCAUCUACAGACGGGGAUAUCCUUCCGUCGUACAACACACUCUUCCCUGAGGAUGAGCCUGUUGCUAACAACACAAAUGAUCGCCGAAGACGAUAUACCACCAUCACCCUCCGCGAGAUCUACUAUCCAAGCGGCUGCCCGUGUCACCCCAAGGAGAAAAAUUCCGAUAAAAAGGGCAAGCGGAAACAACAAGAGCAAACCCAAUUCAACCAGUUCCGCAUCGAAGACGCCCUUGACAUGCCGUUAUGGCUUGGCCAUGCCCGUCCGACCAUGACCCAACGUUCCAGCAGUCAGAGCAGCGGCAGCUCCACCUCGAAUAGCAGCACAUCAGGGGACUCGAGAUCCUCAAAGACACGGCCCUGGGACUCGAUAUUCCGCAGAACCUCCCUCUAGAAGUCGUCGAGGUUGACAUUGAUCAUGGCACAAAUCUGCCGGCCUCUCCAACCUUUGUGACCAGCAUCAUGAAAUGGUAGAAGAUCAAAACGAUGCCGCCACCGACAUUCGACAUUUUUACUUCCGAACGAGGUAUUCGACAUUCCAGCGAGAUCACUGGCCUUCCUCCAGCCAGAGAAGAGCUGAGAAGUCCUCCCUUUUCGCUCACAUUGAGUCUCCGGGCUGGCAAGGCUUCACCCUCAUGGCGAUCGACAUGAUGGUGUACACAAAGUCACACGCAAAACUCACUGCAACCACGACAUCGCUACCCAGACAGAGUUGGGAAACCUUGAUCUUAUCGCAGGAUCUCCUGCGUCGACUGUUUACGGAGAUGGAUGGUGAAAUGCACGACCAUCACUCUCCCGUGCGAUUGCAAAUGGCAUAGUCUCCUUCUGUCCGAGCUGGCCAAAAAUCUGGCCCUCGACAAUGAACAAUCCGCACAUGGCAAACAAACACGAUUCGAUCCAGCGUCGAGACUCGUCACGGUGAGUCCCGCUCUUCGUCCUCUGCGAGCGUGCUGAGUGGGCAGAACCUGCUGAAAGAUUGACUGGCCUGUUCUUCCACUUUCUACUCGCGAGCAACGAGAUGCAUGGAAAUGGCAUAGCUCACAGCAUCAUGCUGGACAUGCAACACGGAUCUUUACAUUUUACAAGGCUGAUCCCAGCCUAUCAUGACUUGAGAUACCCACCAACAGACUCAGUCUGCUUAUUAGAAGCAAGGCAAGGAAAUUGAAUACCUUUCCAAACUUG